AUGUUCCCAAUAGUGCAUGUUGGAAGUGGCAAAGAAAUGACAAUGGGUGAGAAUGAGAAUGAAAAAAUCAUUGGAAAGUGGAACAAAAGUGUGCAUGUUUUUGGUGAGAGACUAAAGAGAUAUCCUAGUUUAGGUUGGAAGGUUAUAUGGAAUGUUGGAUAUGAAGACCCAAGAAGGGUGAUCCAUGCAUUUAAAGUUGGUUUGUCUCUCACUUUAGCUUCUUUGUUGUAUUUGUUGGAGCCAAUUUAUAAUGAGAUGGGACAGAGUGCAAUUUGGGCUGUCAUGACUGUGGUGGUUGUGCUUGAGUUCACUGCUGGGGCAACUUUAUGCAAAGGUCUUAACAGAGGAUUGGGCACACUAAUAGCUGGACUAUUGGCAUUCAUGGUUGGAUAUAUUGCAAAUGCAUCAUCUGGUAGAAUCUCUCAAGCUGUUAUCAUUGGUGCUGCAAUUUUUCUUAUAGGAGCUUUAGCUACUUAUAUGAGAUUCAUUCCUUAUAUAAAGAAGAACUAUGACUAUGGUCUAGUUAUAUUUCUCAUGACUUUUAAUUUGAUUGCUUUGUCAAGCUAUCGUGUGGAAAACGUCUUGAAGAUAGCACACGAUCGCUUAUUCACUAUUGCCGUAGGUUGUGCCAUUUGCCUUAUAAUGAGCCUGUUGAUGUUUCCAAAUUGGUCAGGAGAAGAUCUCCAUAAUUCUACUGCUUUCAAGCUUGAAGGCCUUGCCAAAUCUAUUGAGGCUUGUGUCAAUGUAUACUUUUAUGGCGAAACCGAUAGCCCUGGAGAUAGCAGCUCGUCCGAGGAUCCGAUAUACAAAGGUUAUAAGAAUGUUUUGGAUUCAAAAUCUAUUGAUGAAAUGCUGGCAUUGCAUGCAAGUUGGGAGCCAAGGCAUUCUAGGUACUGUCACAAAUUUCCAUGUCAACAGUACGUAAAAGUUGGAGCUGUUCUUCGCCAAUUCAGUUACACCGUGGUCGCUCUACAUGGUUGUUUGAGAUCAGAAAUUCAGACACCAAGAUCAGUAAGAGCCAUGUUUAAGGAUCCAUGCAUAAGGGUUGCAGCAGAAGUAUCGAAAGUAUUGAUAGAACUUUCCAACAGCAUAAGAAACCGUCGCCAUUGCUCGCCCGAGAUACUGUCUGAUCAUCUUCACGAAGCUCUGCAGGAUCUCAACAACGCGAUAAAGUCUCAACCUCGUCUCUUCUUAGGCUCGAAGCACAAACACAACCAUGCAAACAACAUGCUCAAAAUAGCCGCUGCGCAAGUUGGUCAACAAGUAAAAGCCUCUGGAUUCUCUUUAUCGAGUGUUAAAACCGACUCUUCCGCGUUGCUUGAAUGGAAAACAAAAAGAGAUUCGUUAAUGCAAUCGAAGGAAAACGAAAGAAAAUCUUUGAGACCUCAAUUGAGUAAAAUUGCUAUUACUAGUCUUGAAUUCUCCGAGGCGCUUCCUUUUGCUGCUUUUGCAUCUUUGCUUGUGGAAACAGUUGCGAAAUUGGAUUUUGUUAUUGAGGAAAUUGAAGAACUUGGAAGAUUAUCUUGCUUUAAAGAGUUUAGAGCUGGUGAUGAGAUUGUCGUGACUUGUGAGGAACCUCGAGUUGAUGUUUCGCGGAACAACUUACCUUCACAUGGAAUCGAAUAG